AUGACAAGAAGAAAAGUCAAACAAGAUACUUUUGUCAUUAAUGACAAGACAUUGUUUUCGUCCUCUUUGCCUAAUUACAUGGGAAAUUUUCAAUUACAAAGCUUCGUUACACUUCUGGUUAGAUCGCUAAGUGCAUUUUCAGCAUUUCUUGUACUUACUUCGAUGCUUUUUUUUCAAUACUUCGGUAAAGCGACAAGUGUGCUCAAGUUGGAAACAUUUUCUUUGCCGUCUUCUAUUGAAGAAUUAUGUGGGCAUGCUAACAUCGCUGUAAAAGAUAGUUUGCUUGCAACGAGAGGAAAAGAAGUGGAAAAAAACUUUUCAAAUUAA